UACAAGAAAUUGGUAAUAGGUUUCCACCUUCGGACCGGCCAGACCAUUUUCCACAGCAACCCGGAUCUCUAGAAAUGAACGCACCCCUUGCCAGCGAAAAACGGCCGCAGAGAGGGACAAAGAGGCGAAAUUGGAAAUUGGAAAUGGAAAACGACCUCUCGUCGUUAUUUUUAGUGCACACACGAGAAAACCGAGCGAGAUUCGAAUCAGUUUCUAACUCUGUGCCGAAAAAUGAUUACUCGAAAACAGUAUCCCCUCUAACGAACGCACGUCACAACGCCCGAGGCGCACGUGUGUCUAACAAAUUUGUGCCCGAUGUUGAAAAACAUUUGAAGAUAGAUGCGUCGGCUCAAUUGCAAAAGAAGAAGCAAGCCGGCUUAAAGAAAAAACGCUCCCCGCUGCGAAUUGUGCACACACGAUGCGGCCGAAUGUCAAGGCCACCCUGGUCAACCAGCAGUAAUUUGGUACAUUCCGAUAUCAAUCCGACAGGUGAAUCAGUGCCAGCCCCAAAGUUCGUGGACAAUGGUAACACGCAAGCACCAUCCUAUCGCGUUGAUAAACGUCAUAGCCCCAACAUUCCACUUGAGUUUAAAUGUGGUACUUGCCAGAAAACGUACCUGGGAGCCAGGAUGAAGACACAUUUGGGUAAAUUUCCAACGCAUGUGGCGCUCAGUGAAAUGAUGGCCCUCAAAAACGUUCCACCAGCCGAUCCGGAGCGGACUGCCCAACACAAUGAAUCACCGCCCAAAGCCACUAAGACGGCAGAGAUACCCUCGCGGCUUUUCCAUCAUCUGAUGCAGUUUUUAGCAACGGUGCCGGAGUACAAUCGUUGCGAGUGGAUGAUCCAGGAACUAAGUGUGUUUGUAGCGCAAGUUAGGGAACACAUCGCGCUGCUUAUCGCGCCAGACGCAGACGCAGGAAAUCUCGUAGACGCAUGCAUCGACCAGAACGUGGCAGAUAUUUUACGCCUGAGUAGCGGAACAUAUCGCUUUCGUCUAGACAACCUGAUCUCGAAUUUGCAAGGACCAGCACUAAGGGGUGAGGAGCCUUGGGCAACUCCGUGCUCCGACCUUCUCUGCAACUUCGAAACGCCAAGGAAUGGUGAAUUUGACCGCUCGCUCAGUUUCGUGGAGGAAUUUUUCGCCUUGUUGUCGCAAGAGGACAGAGCUGCUUAUCCAAACAUGUUUCCGCCUGACGAUACAUCAGAGGUUUAUCCCAUAACAAAUUUGUAUUAAAUUUGGAAAAAAUACUUUUUUGUUUUUCUUACCGUUCCGUUACCGUUUGGCAUCACUAACCUAUCCCUCAACAGAUUUUAUUAUUUAAUUUUGCUCAAGUCCAUGUCUAUUGAUGAAUAUGUUUUUGAU